UUUGUUCUCGCGCUACGUCAUACUUACACGACCUCUUCGCGAUCCACAGGUACCUCAUUUGGGAGGAGGCGCGACAGGAGCUCGCCUCUAAAGCGCAACAGCGCCCUGCAAACAUACAAACCGCCAACCGCUCCGAGGGUACGGUCUCCUCUGUGAAUUGUGAUUUCCCUUGGUCAAUUGCCCUCUUUUUACUUCGCAUUCUAUUCUUGUCCUCCUCGGUGCUGUGGUCUAGCAAUACCUGUUUUCAUUUUUCCUGCCGUUUAACUGUGAGCUCCCAUUAGGUCCAGGACUUGUGUAACGACGUACAAAGAAGUUGCCGUAUGCCAGCCAAGGAAAUUUUGCAGAGUACCAGAAUUCUGGGCUCCACAGGAGGAUAUGAAAUACGGGGACACCUUGCGCCAGCGGUCAAUACCGGAAUGGGUUCACUUCAACAUCGACUAUGAUUAUCUCAAGGACCUGAUCAAACACCAGACCACCCCGGGCGCCGGUAAAGCUGUGUCGAUCCCAGGGCAAGAGGAGCCAAUGGAGAGAGCUUUUGGGGACACUUUCUUCCGAGUCUUGAAGGCGCAGCACGAUCGCAUCAACCUAUUCAUAAAGAGCAAAAGCGGGGAAAUUGAGCGAAGGGUGGACCACAUCAGCAAGCGAUUGUUGCAACUCCAGGCACGUCAGACUGCGGACAGUCCGGGGACACGGCUGCCGGCAAGGACGGUUGAGAAGUAUGCAAAAAUUGAUGCGGACGUUACCAAGGCCGGCGAAGAGAUUCGAUCCUUAUCGAGGUUUCGGGUCGCUCAGUGCACUGGAUUCCACAAAAUACUGAAGAAAUACAAACGAUGGACAAGAGACCUGGAGCUUGAGCGUUGUUUUAGGGAGGAAAUUAUUGAGAGCCCAGAAAGCUUCUUUGAACUAGACCUUGGGUAUCUUCUCGAUCAAUACAUCGAUGUUCUCGGUGCUCUUCGGGCACCCUUUGAUAGUUCUAAGGCAAGGACUUCGUCCGGCGAAACGGGAAAGAACGCAUUCCCUUCCUCCCAAAAUGACGCAAACGUCCCGGCACGAUUUUCCAAGGCUGUUGAAGAGGGGUCAGAGUUGGACUUUGAUAUUUCCUUGGCUACAAUACCUCUUGGAGCUCAAGGUAGCAAAGCCACAUAUUGGGUACACCCGGACCACAUUGUUGAAGUCGAGGUAAUGCUCCUCCAGCAAAUGCGCCUCUUCACUAGCAUCAGCACCAAGGCGUCUAGUUCUCCGAGGGGCUCCCCAUGCUCAUCACCUGUCCAUCGAAAAUCAUCGGCGACGUCCGGCAAGUAUUUCGGUAAUGAAGGUGAGAUUGGCUCGAUAAUCUUGGAUCAUCCUGACACUUUUGCGAUAAACCAGAAUGCAAGCACGGUUGGUUCAAGCGAGGAGGCCACGGGCACUAUCCGAGCUAGGGCGGCUGGCAACGCUCGAUGGACUUCUUCUGGAGAAGCAGCAGUGGUAGUCGGACUGGAAUCAAACCAGAAUAUCGAGGGCCCGGAGCCCAUCAACGUGGCCAAAUUGAAGCGCAAACAUCUCGAGGCUUUCCUUGAGCCUUUCACGCUUCCACGGACUCGACGAAAUUCAGCUCUGACCGAACAGGUGGAACAGUCCGAGGAUGCUGCGCAAGAAAAUACGGCAAUGGUUCAGAAAUGGCUUAUCGACCAUGCCAAUAUCAGACCGAUCGCUGGCUUGUUCGCAAAACGCACCAGAUUCGUUGGGCUGCGCAACGGCCCUACCGGUGGCUUAUGGGCAUAUCUAGAUCGAGACAUAUAUAUGAAAUCCUCCCUUCACAAAGAUCUCAAGAGCAACGAAUGGGUUGCUAAUGCGCGAGUUGGGUCAUCUAGAUUCCCUCAUGCUGUUUUGGAAGUCCAUCGGGAAGGGAGUCAAUCACAAGAGCUUAUCCAAUUAUUGGAUCAAAGUCAUUUGCUUGAGCGCGUGCGCGGCUUUUCUCUAGAAAUCCACACGGUUUGGACCUGCUGUCAGCCCGAAGCAAUGUCAACCCCGCUCUGGAUGCCCUUGCUAGAUACUGACAUUCGAAGAGUACCUGUCCCCGUAAAGAGGCAGUGUAGGAAUGCAGGAAGUGUGUCCGAUUCUGCGUCUCAGACCUCACCUCCGCAUACAGGAACUUCUGCGACAUCAAUGACGGAUGGCCGGACGAGUCCAUGCGCUCUACGAAACGGAGAAUCAUCUGCUACGUCAGGACCAGGACUGAUUCAAGCUCCGCCACUGCGGGCCUUUCGGAAGAAACCACAACGACCUUACUCAGAAUAUCUACCGCCGGUACAAGCUGAAGAGCAACCUCGUACUCGAGGAUACUGGAAUGAAUACGACAACCCAGAAUCAGAAGACGAAGGAUACUACAUAUACGUUGACCCGAAUGCGACUAUAAAGUUUCCUGGUCAAGAGUUGAUGGAAGCGUGGACACGCAAAGCCAAACGCCUCUUCUGCGUUGGCGAGGUUCCUCAGGAAUCAUCCUUGUUGUCUACUGCCGAGCUCGGAAUCGGUGAUGAUGGUGAUGAUGAUGAUGAGGAGGAGGAGGAGGGGGAGGAGGAGGAGGAGACGGCUGACGAAUCCGUCCUCACCAGUCUGACGAACUAUGGCGCUAUUGCUUCGAAUCGGCGCACCCCACAACACGAGCACGAUGGUUAUUUCAGUGGUCUCUUCCGCUCCCUACGCAACCCGCAUCGCGAUGUUACCGUUCUGGACACGAUGCGGUGGCAUUCUGAGCGCGAACGACAGAGCUUCCUUGCCGAGAUUCAUACUCGACAACAUGAGCGCGAGAUGACAAAAUUGCGAUUCUACUCAACGUGUCUUGCAGCAGCUGCUAUCAUUGACAUCAUCCUCAGCUCUCUGACGAUUACGAGUCGCAGGAAGGAAAGGGGCAUUGUAGAUGGUGUGAUUUUAUUUGGCACGAUCAGCAACUUGUUGCUGCUUGUUAUUGCAGUCCUGAGCAUGAAGACGAGGCAAGAGCGUUUAGGGUGGCUACAUCACGUUGUGGUAUAUGUUAUUGCCACCGGGAUUGUGGUAAUGGAUGUCUUGUUGUUAAGGUGGGUUUUGAGUCCCUAGGGAAGGAUUUCGGGUUGAAUUUUCCGAUUGUUAAACUGUCUAUGAUCCCACAUAGUUUUCGCAUCUUUUCUGAAUAUUUUUUACAAUUUUUGGAUUGUGGAGCUUGGGGUUUCUUAUAUACAUGCGACUCCGACUUAUGAUUUGGAUUCGGAAGACACAAGGCUGUAUUUAGCAAUGCCGUAGAUCCAUGAGAUAAUAAGGGGGCUUGAAUACGCCGCACUUUCGAAAGG